GUAACGUUCCUUCUCUUUGCAGGGUGUAGUGUAGCGCUGGAAAAUAUGCAGGCCUUGACUGUGUCUCAAAGAUGUACGGAGGAUACCAACACUUUCCUCUGGGAAAUUAUCCAGGACAGGCCGAAGGAAUAUGCUGUUCUCAUGUAUGAUGCAUUUGGAAAGAUGGGUAGCAAUGUCGAAGGAGGUAAUGCCAACCAGCCGGGCCUGCUGCAGCAGUGUCGUUCUGCACACGGUCCCACCUUCUCUGGACAGUACUGCCAGGUGUUCCUCAGGCAGGAAACUGUCCAGUACUUUGUGGGUAUUUGUGUCCCUGACUCCUGCCAAGAAGACGACGUGCAAAUGUUGGUGCUGUACGGGAGACUUCAGUUUGGCCAGAUAUCCCUCAUUCCUCCUUUACCUCCCAUCUUGGUCAAUCAGUCCACUCAGGAGAUGAUCAUGACCCACUGUUUGUCCAACAACAUUGCCCCUGAUGCAUCAGAUGUUACCUGUCUGUUUGUGUGUUGUAUAAUGGUAGCAAUUCCUCUUGCGGCUACCCUGUUUACAGCUAUAAUAAGGUGGCAACGGAACAGAGAGGUCAGUCACACAGCGGAGUCUUCCUGUUUAAACACUGGCAUCAACCUUUAUGGGACCCUGAAGACCAACGGCUCCUAUAGUAGUGAUAUUUAUAGUAGCACUUCAGAGGGAAAUAGUAAUAACAACACCGGGGAAACUCCACUCUGUUUUCCUCGAAGCUGUAUGUACCGGUGCCUUCAGGCGUUCUCUCUACAGACCACCAGCCAGGGUGUCUUUAGCACCUCCUCAUCCAUCACAAAAGGAGGCUACUCCUCCCUAAAUGGCAUCCGUGUUCUCAGCCUGUUAUGGAUCAUAUGUGGACACUCUGCACAGUUCCCCGUAAUAAACAACCUGGAUAACUACAAAGACUGGAAGAAAACUGUUGAAAGCAGCCCUGUGCAUGUGCUUACCAUCAGCGGGCCUGUUUUCCUGGCUGUGGACACCUUUUUGCUGCUAGGGGGUCUGCUUAGUGCAAGGUCUCUGCUGGGCUCCAUCGACAGGGCUGAAGACAAACUGAGCCCCAGUUUGGUGGCCAACUACCUCUUUAGGAGGAUUAAAAGGAUUCAACCACUGCACCUGUUUAUUAUGUGUCUAACCAUUGGCCUCAUCUCGCUGGUCCAGUGGGGACCCUACUGGUUCCCAUUCAUAGAUACACUAAUGGAUUGUAAGACGUACUGGUGGGCUAACUUACUGUUGAUUAGCAAUCUCCUCCCAGUCCACGAGAUAUGUAUUCCUUGGACAUGGUACCUGUCCCUGGACUUCCAGUGUUAUGCCACCACUCCUCUGCUCGUCUAUUUUUAUAGAAUAAACAGAGGUGUGUUUGUGGUUGUCGCUGGAAGCCUUCUGCUGAUGACCACUGUGGCUGGUGCUGUUAUAACUGCACUCCUGCAGCUGCCAGUCUUUCAGCCGUCUACACUGACAUCUGAGCAUUAUGUCUUGUAUUACUAUGUGAAACCAUACACAAGAUAUGGGCCGUUUUUAAUUGGGAUCUUGACUGGAAUAUAUUUGACAACAAAGAAAGAUCAGCUGUUAAAGCAAAAGUGGCAGGCAGCACUUGGUUGGAUCUGCUGUCUGUCACUCAUGGCUGUGGUGGUUGGAUUGGCCUACAUCCUCAGGGAGACCCCAGCCUAUCCAUCUGUACCACAUGCCCUCUACCAGGGACUGCACAGGCCCCUCUGGGCUCUGGCCGUGACCUGGAUCAUACUGGCCUGUGAAGAGGGUUACGGAGGUUUCAUCAAGAGCCUCUUGUCAUUUGAAUUCUGGGUCCCUCUUUCCAACAUAAGUUUUGCCUGCUAUCUGACACAUCCUGUCUUCAUCAUCCUCUACAUUGGCUUGCAACAGACCCCAAUCCACUACUCAAACAUCAACUUUAUGUACCUGUUCCUUGGCAACCUGGUGCUCACGCUGGUGGUCAGCUAUGUGUUUACUGUGCUGGUUGAGAAGCCAUACCUUCUCCUAAAAUGGAACAGUACAUAACAAGACAAGUCAGCACACAAAAGACUUUCUUUUAUUUCUUUUAUUUAUUAUUCUUUUAUAUCUAUUCAGCUAAUGCCCCUA